UGGCGCGCUUUGAAAUUGUGCCACCGGAGAACGGGACACAUAUAAGGCGCUCAGACGAGGGUCGUUCCCUAGAAACCCCACCCCUCUCGAGCCCGCGAAGAGGUAGCCAUAUAUCAUUGUCUACCCUACCCACCUCUACACUUUUCACUCCCCAUCUUCGAGAUCUAGACCAACAUAUGACUGGACUUCAAAUGAAUCCGCCUCCACCAACGGCCACUACGCCCUUCGCUUCCGAGAUUGCUGUGUUCACCUCUGCGGUCCGCACCAAAUCUAUCAAGAGCCGCGACGUCCCAUCCGACCACCCAGUGGUGACCCGGGAGGAAAUCGUUCACCUCGACCCGAGGGUCUCCCUCCACUCUUGUCGGCCAUCGUACCCGCCACUCACUGCAGGUGCCAGUGUUCAAGAGAUACAACGCGUUCUUCGCGACCUGCCCAAGGUCGACCAGGCGAUCAACCCUGACGGGAUGUUCCCCUGGACGUUUGGGAACUACGUCAAGCGAUAUCUUCGAGAAUUGGAGAGGGAGGAGCCGCCGCGCAAGCGUCGAAGGACCGCUGCCGUCGUCGCCAAUGCCGAUCCUUCAUCUGACUUUGUCCGCUACGACCCCGGAUGCGGCGGCGGCUUCUUCUUCUUCAGGGUCAUCCCGGUCUAAG